AUGGCUAACCUUUCUACCCAUACAUCAACAGAUGAGCCAGAAAGGAAAAGACUUCGAAUAGACGAAAAGUACAAAACAUGGAAAAAAACAGCUAUGCUUAUUUGGAACAGGAUUGCCGAUCAUCGCGCAGGAAAUGCAUUUCUAAAGCUUUCAAAAGAAAAACGGUAUUCUGAAGUUGUCAAGCAACCAAUGAGUCUGGAUCUAGUAAAGACUCGUAUUCGAGAAGGGAUCGACAUGUUUCCCAAUCGUGUAGUUUUAUGA